UGACCCACUGAACUUGGCCACUGCAGCCAUAUUGGCAUUUGAAUUGUCGAGCUGUUCGCCUCUUUCAGUGCAAAAUUGUGUGAUUUGUGAACCAGGAGGAAAGUGUGAUUCUCAAGUGGUGUAUUUUUCAUCCUGUGUUCCUCCAUCGAAAUUGUGUGCGUUUGCCAGGUGUUGGAGUAGCAGAGAUUCAUCAACAACUAAUCAACUUGCGUAUGGCGAUUGUGGUGUCAGUUCGAGUAGUCCCAACAUCUAUGGAGUUUCAAUUGGACAGCGGCGAAUACUGCCAGGCUCAGCACAAAUAAAAAGGACAAGAGGAAGCUAGAAAACUAAGAUUACAAAAUAAUUACAAUAAGCAGCGUGUGGCGUAAGAAGGAAAAUAGUAAAGACACUGAUAUAAGAGAAACACGUAAAGUAGUGUGAAGUGGAGUUAUCCUAAAAUUGUGACACUUGCAACCAUUAAGAAUUUUCGUUAGGAGCUAAGCAAAAGAAAGUGAUAGUGUUGUUUUGUGUAUAAGCAAGAGUAGGUUGCCGUUUUGUUCAACAUCCAUGCCCAGCAUGUUGAAUGUGUGAAAAGGAGAACAAGACGAAGUAAUUUGGUGCAUAUCAGAGGAGAAAAGAAGUCAGAAAUACUUGAUCAACAACACCCUUUAAAAAAUUAGGACGGAAAAGUCGUGAAUUCGGUUUACGGAUAAGAACGCAAAAUAUUUUUGGUAGUGAGUGAUUGAUAGAGAGAAAAGAGUUCAAUUGGAGAAAAUAGGAGAAAGGAGAGGCAAUUUUUACAUAAAAUAGAGAGUAUAAAAAAUUGAGAAUCGCUAAUACCAUUAAAGUUUAAGUAUAACUCUGUAGUUUUCUAAAGAAUUUUUGUAAUUGUGUAUUACUUGUGAUAGGCUCUUCCUCGUACAUAUUCAUUUUUCAUCUUAAUUUUCUUGUAAAUUCUCUAUCGUUUCCUCUCACUUUUCUUUAUCCACUGAUUAGGACAGAAAAAAAAUAACAAACAAGCAGGCGAGAAUUUACAAUUUUAGAUAGACAAUUUUUAAAUGACGUCCGAUUGAUUGGAAAGAAGAAAAAAAAUUGUAGUAAUAUUGAGAAGACAAAAUAUUUUAAAGAGAGAGAGCAAACCAGGGAAUUUUACGUUAGAAGGGAGUGCAAAUAAUUUGUCAGUCAGUUGAAUUUUGAUAAAUUUUCCGUUUUAUACUUGCGAAAUAUUGUGAGAAGGAAGCAAACUUCAUAAAUAACUUUUUUUUGCUGAGGAGUUGCGACAAGUAGAUUUUCUCUUUUGGAGAGAGUGUCUUUUCUCAAGAAGAAGCACAGCAAGUUUUUGGAUCUUUUCCUGGGGUUUCGGUGGAAUGAGCAGCAUCAUGCGUCAGAAGGACAUUAGACCAGCUCCAGCCCGGAUUGAGUUCAAGGGCAUGAAGUUCCUCAUCACAGAUCGGCCGUCGGAUCACACAAUUCACUCCUAUAUUCUGGAACUGAAGAAGCACGAUGUGAGCACCGUGGUGAGAGUGUGCGAGCCGUCUUAUAAGAUCGACGAGCUCAAGACUCAGGGAAUUGUGGUGCGCGAUUUGGCCUUUGAGGACGGAACAUUCCCGCCACAGAAUGUCGUCGACGAGUGGUUCGAAAUUCUCCGGCAAAAGUAUCAAGAGAAUCCCGAGGCAUGCGUCGCUGUGCAUUGCGUGGCUGGACUCGGAAGGGCUCCGGUGCUUGUGGCUCUGGCGCUGAUUGAAUUAGGUCUCAAAUAUGAAGCAGCUGUUGAAUUGAUUCGGGACAAGCGUCGCGGUGCUAUCAACUCUAAGCAGCUGUCCUACUUGGAGAAAUACAAGCCCAAAUCUCGUCUCAAGCACAAGAAUGGCCACAAGAAUUCAUGCAGCGUGCAAUAAAUAUCAGAAAAACCCACCAGGCAAAGUGUUCAUUUUUUAAACUGAUGAUUAACUUACUACUUAAAACAUGGAAGAUAAAAACACGAAGAUGAAAGAAUAUCUACGAUUUAGAAGAGAAAGAGUAAAUCCAUUUGAGGAUCCUUUCGAUGAAAGACAAUUUUGCCAUUUCGUUUCUUUUUCUGGAAAAAAAUUUUUCGUCAAAUUUCAUUUUCUACUUUUACCAUAUUUCUACUUUCACCUUGUAAAUGCGAGAAAAAAUUAUAUGAUAAUAUUAAAUUGUUUAUAAAUUGUAAAGCUUCCUUACAAAAUCACUUGUAAUGUAGUAAUGAAAAUGAUGAAAAAAAUCAGACACGCCAAAAAAGCAGGAAUCAUUUUUGAGAAGCAAUUUGUAUUUCUUUAUUGAGAGCGCGAGAUGGUAAUUGAGCGAGAGGAAAAUAUUUUCAACUUUUGUGCACAAUAUUUCCGGAUUGUGAAUCAGAGAAAAGAAGGAAAACCUAUGAUUUUUUUUUAAUAAACAUUUGAGAAAAUGAUUUCACACGAAAAUAGCUGAAAAAUGAAUGCAUUUGUCAAAUAAAAAAAUAGAUUAUAAGAAGAUAAAAAUAAUAAAGAAUAUGUGGUCAUUACACCGUUUUGAGACAUGUCGCGAGUCACUGCAAGGAAGGAUUUAGUUUGCGAAGGAAAAUAUCUGCUAAAUUUCUAUGAUAAAUUUAAGGGAAGGAAUGAGAAAUUCUUUUUCAAUGUGUUUCUUAAAACAAUUCUUGAGCGUAAGUGUAGUCAAACCUUAAAUAGAAUAAAUGCUAUUUUUUAUUAUUUAAUCAUUCACAUUGACGACUUAUAGCGCUAUAUAUAUUUCUUUUUACAUAGACACAAUGAAGUGAUGAGAGGAAGGAAGGAGAAAUAGGAAAUAAAACAAUCACCAAUUAGUUGAAUGUCUACUGCAAUACGAAGAAACAAACUUCUGGGAGUUGAUAUUACACUGAAUAUGACAAAGAAUUUAAGUUUUUUCCCAUGAACUAAAGAAGGUCCAUGUUUUGUAGACAAUUCUCGUGAAUUCAUAGAGAUUUUCAUUGAAUUCCCCCCAUGUAAAGCAUACUAAGGAAAGAAGAGUAAUGAGAAGUAUUAUUAAUUUUCUCUCGAGGUUUGCAAAGAUCUUGUUUCUUUUUUAUAAAAUAACAACAAAGGAAAAGCUUUUCCUUGCGAUCGAGAAUAAGAAGAAAGUGUCAUCCAAUAACUCCAACCAUGAAACUAACUAAAGAUUAAGAGAAAAAAUCGCUGUUCAACGACUUCGCAAGAGCAAGAAAGGUAACUUCUUAACUUAAGUGCAGACAAACACUAUUUGCUAAUGAAAUUGUGGUUAUAAUUGAACGACUUUUUAUAAUAACUUUAAGAGAUCAAAGGAGGAUGAAAGGAAACUCUGAGAAAAUCUUUAAUGAAAAAAAAAAUAAUAGUAAAGUGACUGACUGUAUUGCUAUAUUGUAAAUUUGUUAGUCCAAUUUUAUUUAUAAAAGGAAGAGAAGAGAUGAUAAUGAGUUUUACGGGAAGUAAGAAGAAAAUUGCGAACAUCUGAUUAGGGGAAAAUUGUUACGAAAGACGGGAAAGGGGGAAAAUGGGGAAAUUCGAAGACAACCAUCACAAAACACACUACAUAGUAAUCUCAGAACUUACUAAAGUGCUUUUUUGUAGUGUAUUUUAAGUAACAUUUUAAAGAACUAAUAGAAUGCGUCGAUUUAUAUUGAGGGAAAUCUUGAUACGCCACUGUUAAUUCCAUUUCUAUUUAUUUACACACCGAAAGGACUUGCUCUUUUCAUGAAGGAAGAGCGCUUAAAUCAUCUUCCGCGAAAAUUUGCGCGUCCGUCUUUCUUAACAAUUAGUUUUUCUCUCAUCAUUCAAAAGGAAAACAACAUGAUAGGCAAUUUUAUGAAUUAUUGUAAUAAAAUAAAUACUAAUAAAUAUAUACCAAACCA